UCGCUAGUUGGUCCAGAUCCAUGCUUCACAUCUCUUGAUUAAUCGUCGACGCUUUAUUUUUUUUUUAAAGCCACGCAUUGCAAAAGCUUCCUCCUCCAUUCCCUUCCCUGGUCUCUCAAUCUCAGGGAGCGCGCAGAGAAGGAGAAGAUGAGGAUGCUCAAGUUUCUAUUCCUCGCUCUGCUACUGGCUCUCUGCCACCUCUCCAUGGCAGCGGAGAAGAAGACCUAUAUCGUUCAUAUGGCCAAGUUCCAAAUGCCGGAGAGUUUCGAAGAGCACACUCACUGGUACGACUCCUCUCUGAAGUCUGUGUCCGACUCGGCCGAAAUGCUCUAUACAUACAACAACGUCAUCCAUGGUUUCUCCACUCGGCUCACGGACGAAGAAGCCAAAUUACUCGAGGGCCGACCGGGGAUUCUCCUCGUAUUACCUGAAGUCAGAUACGAGCUUCAUACAACUCGGACACCUGAGUUCCUCGGAUUAGACAAGAACGAUGGGCUGUUCCCCCAGUCUGACUCGGCCAGUGAGGUUGUCGUCGGAGUCUUGGACACCGGGGUGUGGCCCGAAAGCCUGAGCUUCGACGACAAGGGGCUCGGGCCCAUACCCAGUGGUUGGAAAGGUGAAUGCGAGGUUGGUAAGAAUUUCAAUGCGUCCAACUGUAACCGGAAACUAAUCGGCGCUCGAUUUUUCUCAAGAGGGUACGAGGCCACAUUGGGUCCCAUUGAUGAAACAAAGGAAUCCAGGUCACCGAGGGACGACGAUGGUCACGGCACCCAUACAUCGACCACGGCAGCUGGGUCAGUCGUCGACGGUGCCAGCCUCUUUGGUUAUGCUGCCGGUGCGGCGCGUGGGAUGGCUACACAUGCGAGAGUUGCUGUAUACAAGGUCUGCUGGAUUGGCGGUUGCUUCAGCGCUGAUAUCUUGGCCGCGAUGGAUAAAGCCGUCGAUGAUGGCGUUAACGUUUUAUCGAUGUCUCUUGGCGGCGGAAUGUCAGAUUAUUUCAGGGACAGUGUCGCCAUAGGAGCUUUUACGGCGAUGGAGCGAGGAAUUCUGGUCUCUUGCUCGGCCGGAAAUGCUGGUCCGAGUUCUUACAGCUUGUCCAACGUAGCACCGUGGAUAACCACGGUUGGUGCGGGCACAUUGGACCGUGAUUUCCCGGCAUACGUGACUCUGGGAAACGGAAAGAACUUCUCAGGCGUGUCGCUGUAUGGUGGGAAACCGUUACCUGAUUCGCAACUAACAUUCGUCUACGCCGGUAACGCCACCAACGUCACAAGUGGGAACCUGUGCAUGAUCGGUACCUUAAUACCGGAGAAGGUCGCUGGAAAGAUAGUCUUAUGUGAUCGAGGGGUUAAUGCUAGGGUGCAAAAAGGUUCUGUGGUAAAACAAGCUGGGGGUGCAGGCAUGAUUUUAGCGAAUACGGCGGCGAAUGGGGAAGAGCUGGUGGCUGACGCGCAUCUGUUGCCGGCGACUGCAGUGGGACAGAAGACGGGGGAUAUGAUAAAGAAUUAUCUCUUCUCUGAUCCUAACCCGACGGCAACGAUAAUCUUCGGGGGAACGAAGUUGGGGAUUCAACCGUCACCGGUGGUGGCGGCGUUUAGCUCCCGAGGACCGAACUCGAUUACACCAGAGAUACUCAAACCUGACCUAAUCGCUCCUGGUGUGAACAUCUUAGCUGGCUGGUCAGGUGCAGUAGGACCCACGGGUUUAGCUGUGGAUUCGAGACGCGUAGGUUUUAACAUCAUAUCUGGGACGUCGAUGUCGUGCCCGCACGUAAGUGGCCUCGCGGCUCUCCUCAAGGCAGCGCACCCGGAAUGGAGCCCCGCGGCGAUAAAGUCUGCUCUCAUGACAACAUCCUACACCACAUAUAAAAGCAGCGAAAAGAUACAAGACGUUGCCACCGGAAAACCAUCAACGCCGUUCGACCACGGAGCCGGACACGUAGAUCCUGUGGCAGCUCUCGAUCCCGGCCUCGUCUACGACAUCACCGUCGACGAUUACCUGGAUUUCCUCUGCGCAUUAAAAUACACUUCAUUGCAGAUUGGUAGCCUAGCUAAGAGAAACUUCACGUGCGACGAGAGCAAGAAAUACAGCGUUACUGAUCUGAACUACCCUUCGUUUGCGGUCUCCUUCACACAGGGUGGAACCACCACGGUGAAGUACACCCGGACGCUGACGAACGUGGGCACUCCGGGCACCUAUAAGGUAUCCGUGUCUUCGCAAACGGAGACCGUGAAGAUCUUGGUUGAGCCGGAUACGUUGAGUUUCAGUCAGCCAAAUGAGAAGAAGACAUUUACGGUGACGUUUAGUGGUGGUUCGUUGCCAUCGGGGACGACAAGCUUCGCUCGUCUCGAGUGGUCGGAUGGGAAGCACAUUGUGGGUAGUCCUAUUGCUUUUAGUUGGAUGUGAUUGCUAAUGAAACAAGGAGCAGAAGGAAAGAAAAACUCUCUGCAAAUGACUAGCCGAUAAGUAGGGCUUAAGUUAAAUUUAUGUUUUGUAUUUUGUUUUCCGGCAAAAAAAGCCGGUUGUAGUGUUCGACGUUGUUCUCUGAGAAAAAGAGAUCAUGAAAAACCAUCCAAAAAAAAGGAAGGGGUGGUUGGUUUCUUGCUCAAGUCAUCAAAGGUGUACAUUGUAAAUUAUUAAUGCAUGUGUAGAAUGGAUUCUUGGAGAUACCCGAAA